UAGAAAGUUUACUAUAAAGUUAAGCAAUCAGCCAAAAAAAUGUCCCAACCGAUCAACUUCGAUAGAUCACUACAAAGACUUCAAUUUAUAUUCCAUUACUGCGGCCUUACUUUUAAAAGUAAAAAACUUACGGCGAAUCAAAAACUUAAACUACGUUGUGUGUACCUUUUCAACUUCUUUUGCCUAAACAGUGACGUACUUGGUGGCAUUUACUGGUUUAUAGAUGGGAUACAAACGGGAAAAUCGUUCGUCCAACUAACUUACAUCUCACCCUGUAUAACUUUCAGUUUCCUCGCAAAUCUUAAAGCGAUCUUUCUUAUACAUAACGAAAACCAUGUCUCUGAUUUGAUUGACGAUCUACGGGAAUUAGAACGCAAAGAUGAAAUUGGUAAUGACAAUAUAGAAAACAAUGAAGAAAGAGUUAUAAAAGAUAAUAUAAGAGGAAAACACGUUAGAUUUCUACAUUCAGUGUUAAAAUGCUCAAAUGUGUUGAGCGUCCUACUUAUUUUAACGUUUAUCGUUAGUCCGUUAAUUUUAAUAGCAUUGAAAUAUUACCAAACCAAGGAAGUGGAGUUGAUUUUGCCGUUUCUGGUAAUUUAUCCAUUUGAUUCGCACGACAUAAGAUAUUGGCCGUUCGUGUAUUUGCAUCAGUUUUGGUCGGUAAACGUGGUGCUCCUAAACAUCUGCGCCGUGGAUGAUCUUCUUUAUGUCUGCUGCACCUACAUCGCAAUACAGUAUAGAUUGCUGCGAUAUAACAUUGAGAAUGUGGUUGGGACGAAUCGCGUGUUACAGGACCAUGAAUUGGCAGAGUUUCAACAGAAAUGCAACCAAUUGAUCAAGUGGCAUCAAAAACUUAUUCGACUAGCAAGUAUGUUGGAAUCUAUUUAUGCUGAAUCAAACUUAUUCAACUUCCUGUCGAGCUCUAUUCUUAUAUGUUUAACUGGCUUUAACGUUAUUGAGAUGGAAAACGUUGCAUUUGCCGUGAGUUUCCUCGUGUUCUUGUCGUCGAGUUUGCUGCAGAUAUACAUGCUGUGUUUCUUCGGUGACUUCCUAAUGGCAUCGAGCAUGGAAGUGAGCGAUGCGGUCUACAAUAGUAAGUGGUAUAACCUCAACGCACGGACAAGGAAGAAUUUGCUUAUAGUACAAACAAGGGCGCAGAAGCCUAGCAAGUUGACCGCUCUCGGGUUCUCUGACGUCAAUUUGAAAGCGUUUAUGAGCAUUUUGAGCAGCGCCUGGUCAUACUUCGCUUUAUUGAAAACUGUUUACACCCACUCAGGAAAAUAAACAUUAAACAUCCUCAAUAGCUUAGUGAAUAAAUGUGGGAGUAAAAAUCAAAAGUUCCUUAGUUAAAUUCCCGUAGUUUAUCCUCAUUUUAAUCUUCAUCGUCACAACCUGCUUUAUUACU